AUGGAUCAAUAUACGUACAAAGAAUUAGACGAAAGGAUAAGUGGUCUUGAGCUACAAUUAGGCAUAGAUAAUGAAAUAACUAAAAACUCAAAUAGUACGGUAAUAUCGCAAUUAACUCAGAUACAAAAGAUGCUAAAUAAAUUCUACGAUUCAAAUGGAGAAUUGGAGACUUUGAAUAGAAUCAUAAGUGACCUACAAAUAUGGGAUAAGAUAAAAGAACCUCCAAUAGAACUUCCUACCGAAAAAAGCGUAGAUAAGGAUGUACCAAACGCAGAAUGUAUACCAGAAGCCACGUUGGAUAUGAAGCAAAAAAUGGUGCUCAUGAAAUAUCCUGCUAUUAAAGAAGCAUAUAAUAAUUUGAUUCAAUUAUCGAACAUAGAUGUUCCCAAACUAGUCAAUUACAUAGACACAAGUCAAGAGAAGACUCACAAUUUUAGUACGGAUAAUUACGAACUUCUACAAAGAAAGCAAAUAAUACAAGAUAUAACCAACAAUUUUCAUUUGCUCGUAAUAAAGAAUAUGGUCGUUUUUGAGAAAUACCUAAACUUAAUGGUUCGUGAAAACAAAUAUUGGGUAAGCGUUGAUGAACAAGUUCAAGUGUUACGGAAAAAGUUAGUGGGGUAUGAAAAUAAUCACAAUGAACAAAAUAAGUACUAA